CAGUAUAAUCGGGCAGUCACGGACUUGUGGAAGCAGUUGUUCCCAGAAAUCACUGGACAAUUCACAUUCUCCCUUCCCACACUUGCCAUGGCGAGCAUAACCCGUCUCGAGGCGCUGUUCUUUGACGUCUUUGGGACGGUUGUGGAGUGGCGCAAUUGUGUUACCCGCGCCUUGAGGGAAGCUGCUGAGCGCGCAUUACAAGACCCCCAGAAAUCCCUGUCAUCGGACCUACGUCGCCGCGCAACGACCAUGUCGUCCAAGGACUGGCAGAUGAUGGUGCAAGCGUGGCGGGCGUCCUACGGCCGUUUCACGACAACAUUUGACCCCUCACAAGACUUCCUCUCUGUUGAUAAACAUCACCUGAGCUCCAUUCAAGAGUUGCUCCGUCAGCGGAAUCUGGAAGGGCUAUUCACUGCGGAUGAACAAUGGGAGCUUGUGCUUAGCUGGCACCGACUCGAGCCGUGGCCUGGUUCAGUAGAAGGCCUCGAAUUACUGAAUCGCAGGUUCCGGACUUGCACCUUAUCAAAUGGCAAUGUCUCUCUUUUAGAAGACCUUCAAUGCCAUGGAUCUCUACCAUUCACGGAUAUUGUUAGUGCUCAACACUUCGGGGCAUACAAGCCGUCGCCGCAGGUAUAUCUUGGCGCGGCCAAGCGCUUUGGACUGGAACCCUGCAAUUGUGCAAUGGUGGCCGCGCACCUCUACGACUUGAAAGCUGCCAAAGCAUUAGGAUUCAUGACGAUCUAUGUCGAACGAAAUGAAGAGUGCCUCACUCCCGAAGAAGUCGCUCAAGCCAAAGAGCAGUAUGUGGAUGAGUGGAUCGACGAUACCACGGGCGGGCUAGUCGAGGUCGCUCGACGAUUGAGCAUUCGCCCAGAACAGUGACCCCGCCACUGAAAGCCAGUAAAUGUGAUGUUUAGCUUGUUUGGACCUCGUGAUUUGCUAUUGUAGGGAGGGCCAUCCACAUCACAGCCCCGCAGACUCCGAUAUGCGGUUAAAUGUAUCAUGCCAUUCCUUUGGCAUCGGAGAUGUUCAGCGUAUGCAAAUGUUAUCAGGCAGGAAGGAUUGCGACGCGGCGAUCUCCCAAUUAUGGCCGCAUGCUAUAGUAUCAGCUUCAGACAUUGGCUUUCGAAUUUCUGCUGCGGUCGUGACCACCCGAUGAAGGCCGUCC